AUGGCUGUCAACGAACAAACCCUCCCCGAGCUGCAGCCCAUCUUCACGCUCCUAAAUAGCCACUCGAACAAGCUGUACCAGGAAGGCUACUUUUUGAAACUGGAAGACCAGGAUAUCCGAGGAAACCCGAACACCGAUCGGACAUGGACCGAAUGCUUUGCUCAGUUGGUCGGCACCGUGUUGUCGCUCUGGGAUGCUGCCGAGCUGGAUGCAGCGGGUGAGGAUGGGGAAGUUCUGCCCAAGUUCAUCAACCUAACCGAUGCGUCAAUCAAAAUGAUUGACGCGCUUCCGACAAAGACCAAUGACGAGCAGCCUCUCCAGAACAUUUUGAGCAUAAGCACUGCCGGCCGCAACCGAUACCUGCUUCACUUCAACUCCCACCAUUCACUCAUCCAGUGGACCUCGGGGAUACGGCUCGCCAUGUAUGAGCAUUCGACACUCCAGGAGGCUUACACAGGUGCUCUGGUCGCAGGCAAGGGGAAAACGCUGAACAACAUCAACAUCAUCAUGGAGCGGGCGAGGCAGCCGGUCCAAGAAUGGGUGCGUGUGAGAUUCGGUGCAGGCGUUCCCUGGAAGCGAUGUUAUUGUGUCAUUGAGCCUCCGAGCGAAAAGGAGUAUCAAAAGGCCCAGAAGGAGCACAAGAAGCGCUCUCCCUAUGACCGCUCCCACGGCCCCGUGCUCAAGGGCGAAGUCCGGUUCUUCGACACCAAGAAAGAGGCCGACAAGAAAAAGAAGAACCAGCGGCCGAUCGCAUCCAUUACCGAUGCCUACUCUGCCUACUCCAUCUACCCGCAGGCAAAGGAGUUGAUCGACACAUCAACGCUUUUGAAGGUCGAAGGCAACAUCACAAUCCACACCGAACCGUCGUCAUCCACCGAGGGAUUCGUCUUCAUCAUGCCAGAGAUCCCCCCUGCUGUGUCCGGCUUCGAGAUCCUUCUCCGCUUUCUGUUUCCCAUAUGGGACACCUUUGCCCUGUACGGCCGGCCGGGUCGGUUGGUGGCUAGUACCCUUGACACACGCUCGCUGAUGUUUGCGAUGCCAAAGAACCGGAGAUACGGUUAUCUCGAGCUUUUGGAUGUGACCGGAUUAAUAAACACCGACGGGAACGGCACGUGGUCAGAACGAGAGUGGCGGAAGAAGCUCAAGGAGCUGACGAGCCAGCGGAUGUCCGCUAUGGAGGAUUCAGCCGGAGGCCAUAGCCGGAGCACAAGCCGGCACAGCAAGAGGUUGAGUUACGGGAACCAAAACUCGGGAACCCGACCGAAAGUAGGGUUUGCCGAUGAUGGCGGCUCCGUCCGAUCAUCUCGCUCCAUGUCGGUAACACGGCCGGGUAUGCGCAAUGACUCGGCUCCCCCCGAUCCGAACCGGGAGCGGGCGCCGUCAGCAAUGGCUGGGCAUUCCAGGCACUCCCGUCACAUCUCCGAUACACAAAUUGGCGACACCCCUCCCAGCCUUAGUCUCGACAGCUCUCCGACGGGCCAACCCGUGCUACGCAACGGCCCCGACCGCGUCCGAGCAUUUGCCACCGACUUAGCCUCGACGCCCGAGAGGCUCAGUUCCGAAGACGAUAGCCCCAUUAGAGGGCCAAGGGCUGGCAAUUUUGAGGAUAUGAAGCCCAUGGGGACGCCUGAACCAGUCCAAGCCCCUCCGGCGUUUGCCCAUAGCGCAGGUUCCCGCCCGCAGCAGAAGCCCUCUCCAUCUCCGGAGAUGCGCCGAGCAACCAACCGUUUGUCAAACACUACGCUGUCCCAGCUUGCCAGGGCUUCUGGCCUUGGCCCGGAGGCCUUCUCGGACGACCGCAACGAACUUCAUUUCGGAAGCGAGAGUGCUGGUCCCGGACCAAAUAUCACCGACCGACGAGGUCUAGCGGUACAGCCACAUACCAGCGCCAACGCCGUGGGGAUGAAUGCUAAUGUCAAUGGAUCUCGUGAAGUUCUAACGUCCCCCACUACUGCCUAUUCAGCCCGCGACGCUGCGGCACCCCCACCCCCGCUUCGGGAUCCCGCCCGGAAACGCUCAAACUCUCCCCUCAGGGGCCCUCCACCAAACCCCGUUGGUAACCCUUCCCCAUCCUUCCGCCCUGGCCCGCCCGGCGGUCGCCGCACCCCUCCCCCCGGUCCGAACCAAAGCCAGCCAUUCUCGCCCGCCACAGAGGGUUCGCCGCCCGUCAACAGGAAACCUCUUCCCGUCAGGACAACCAGUCUAUCCCGUGACCGCCACGACGCAAUCUCCCCUGUCUCCUCGCAGCCGUCCCCUAGAUUCCCGCCUCCUGGGUCUGGAUCCCAAUUCCGGUCGUUCAACGACUUUGCUCCUCCGGUUCCGGUUAACACCCGGUAUCGUCAAACUGGCCAAGACGACGCAUCGUCUACAGCCAGUCCGGACUAUGCAAGCACUCGCCGCUCUAUCGACACCCAAGAAUCUGUUGAUCGACCUCGUGCCGGUGUGCUAAAGGUCGUUGGUGAUGGAGGUGAUGGUUCGUCGAAGACCACUUCGGACCAGGAGUACGACAUUCCCGAGAUCAACUUUGGGCGAACCCUCAACUACAGCGCGCCUAGUCUCCCACGCGACAAGCCGUCUCCCAAGGAGCCCCCGCGUCCCUCCCCUCCUGCAUCUGAUCGGAAGUCCCCUGGGCUCGGAACCGCUUUCGCCUACACCCAGCAACAGUCGAAUGACAGUGACAAUGUUCGCCGGAGUGUUGUCUGGCCGGGCCCUUCUGGCGGAUCGUCGUCGUCAGACAACCUUGCGUCGCUCCAACAGUCUCUUCAGCCGCGCACAUCGCCCGUCCCCCAAUACGCGCACCAACGUGUCCCGUCAACGAACACUCUGACGGACUACAAGGCUUCUCAUUCUAGACACAGUUCGGCCGACCUGCUCUCUUCUGGGCGUCCAAUCAGCCAGUCGCACUCACGGCACAACUCGAUGGAUCUGCUGACUUCUGGGCGUCCCGCCAGCCGUGGUACGGCGGCUGCCCUAUCUGGUGGUGAGACGCACAAGCGGUCCGGCAGUCGAGGAGGUCUCUUGCAUUCUCGCAACAGCUCGGCUGAUCUUCUCGCCUCCGGACGCCCCGCCAACCAGGGAACCGCGCCCAGCCAAUCGGCGGGUGAGCUGUCUUCGUAUCUCUCGGCGCGUGAGCAAGAGCAUGUCGCACGGGUCACAGGCAGCCCCUUGAUCGCCUUCGCCGGAAGUAAGGGCCCGUCACAAACGCAGGCUGGCCUCGUCGGUGCGAUCGACGUCAGAGAGCGCGAGAGAGCCCAAAUGAAACAGGGGCUUGGGGGGCAAGCGGUUGCUCACGCCAUCGACCAAAGACAACGGGAGAACCAACAGGCCCAGCGCGCGGCACAGGCUGCGUACGCUCAACAACAGGCUCAGUUUGCCGCCCAGCAAGGCCUAGCCCGCCCCCAGACACCUGGCAGCAUGAACAUGAUGAUGGGUGGCCCCAUGUCCCCCUCCUUCAACCCGCAGGGCCAGCCUCGGCCCCAAACCCCUGGCAGCAGGAUGAUGGGUGGUGGUGCGCCACCAUACGGUCCGCAGGGCCCGCAAACCCCCGGCAGCAGGAUGAUGGGUGGUGGUGGGCCACCCUAUGGUCCGCAGGGACAGCCCCGCCCGCGAACCCCGGGGACCAGAGGCAUGAUGAUGGAUGGCGGCGCCCCGUCGCCGUACGCGCCUAGCAUGGGCGGUAUGAACAACCGCAGCAUGAGCCCCGGCCCGAACAUGAUGAGUCCCCGUCCGAACAUGAUGAGCCCCGGUCCAAAUAUGAUGAGCCCCGGUCCGAACAUGAUGAGCCCCCCGGGACGCUAUGGGCAGGGGCCGCCGCACCCGCGAUCUCAAAUGAGUCCUCCCCCGGGGCCGUACGGGGGUGGUCCUCCGGGGCAAGGCGGGUGGAACGGGGGCAACAUGCCGCCACCCCGCCAGGGUCCUCAGGGGCCUAUGAUGUCGCCGCCUAACAUGGGCUUUGGCAUGCAGGGCGGGCGUCCGCAAUCACCCGCGUUGCCCCCCCAAAAUCAAUAUGCGCCACCCGGAACACCCGGCGGCCCUCGGCCGGGGACACCGGGGACACCAGGCCGAAUGCAGUACCACGGCCAGGCCUUCUAG